AUGGAAGUCUUUAAAAAGAAGAUUUCUCUACAUUGUACAUGGACAGAUCUAGUAAUUGGCACGCUCAAGAAUCUCAAGAAUUCACUUUGUUGGGGCGGUAGUAGUAGUUGUGCUGCUGAUGAUGAUGACGAUGGUGAUGAUAAUGAUGAGGAUGGUGGUGGUAGUGGUAGUGGUAACUAUGGUGGUGAUGAUGGUGGUGGUCGAACGAUUGUAGUAAUAUGUCUCGAGAGUAAUUCUGUGGACGACUGGGUGAGUGGAAACUCCGUAGUAUGUAAUGGAGUGCCAGGCCUAACUAAGGAGCAACGAGAACUUUGCCACCGGAACCCAGACGUAACAGUUGCAGCUGUAAAAGGUCUUCAAAUGGCGAUAUCCGAAUGCCAACAUCAGUUUAUGUGGCACAGGUGGAAUUGCUCUAGUCUUACACCGAGUAGUAGAACCCAGCAGAGCAGCGUUUUGUUUCAACGAGGCUACAAGGAAACGGCUUUUGCGUACGCGAUUUCGGCAGCUGGAAUAGCUCACAACGUAGCUCGUGCUUGCAGCAUGGGACGCUUAAUAUCCUGUAGUUGCGAUCCGUCAAGCUACAGAGGAAAGUCUCUUAUCAAGCCUAAAAGUACACAGUGGAAAUGGGGAGGAUGUUCUCAUAAUCUUGAUUAUGGAAUCGAGUUCUCCAAGCAGUUCUUGGAUUCGCGGGAAAAGGCAGGCGACAUCCAGUCUACGGUCAAUUUACAUAAUAACCAAGCUGGUCGUUUAGCUGUAGCAAACAAUAUGCAGGUUCGAUGCAAGUGCCACGGAAUGUCGGGUUCCUGUGAACUAAAAACUUGCUGGAAAGUGGCACCAGACUUCAGGAUAGUGGGCAAAACACUGAAGGAUCGUUUUCGAAAUGCCGUUCUUGUUGCGCAAAGUAAUUUGGGUAGCAUAACGCCUUUGACAAGAAACAGAGGAUCGCGUCGCCGUAGGCCAGCAUCUCGACAAAAGCAGCGGAAACGGCGCAAAGGCCGAAAUCAGAAGAGGAAAACACGCGACCUAUCCAAGCAACUCUUCUACUACCAAAGGUCACCGAACUUUUGCGAAAAGGAUCAUGCAGCUGACAUUCCCGGGACAACAGGUCGUAGGUGUAACAGGACAAGUCCAGGUGGUGAUGGAUGUGCAUCUUUAUGUUGUGGCAGAGGUUACAAUGUCUUGCGACAACGCAGAACUGAAAAGUGCCAUUGCAAGUUUCACUGGUGUUGUUUCGUUCAGUGUCAGAACUGUACAAUUGAAGAGUGGAUUACGGUUUGCAAGUGAAUUCUCAACCCACAACUCAUCUUUAAAGUAGAACAUUCUGCGAACUGCAUCACGUAAACCUUCUGUGUUUUAAAA